AUGGCCGGCUCCAUCAUCUCGGUGGGCCCAGACCUCAAUGAGAAUAUCUCAACGAUGAAGAAGCGUGUGCACUAUCCAUUGCAUCUGUUACAACAUGAUUGCCAAUCAAUGGCACGCGUUCCCUCGGGCAGCCCGGCGGCGUUAGUGAGAUGCGGUGCCAGGGCUAUCGUAUGGUCUUCGUCCGAUGAGAAGUUGGCCAAGGGUCGGAAGCUUGGAGCCGCGUACACGAUAGACUAUAACACCAAUCUGGAUUGGUAG